AUGUUUCAUGUUGGUGAACUGAAAGUUUCUAAUUGCAAUGAUUCUUUCAAGAAAAUCAUGGAAGAAAUUAGAAAAGUUACGAAUGACGAAUCAGAAUUCGAAAGAUUGCUCACGGAAAGAAUUGUUACAGCUUUUAUAGACGGUUUUGUUGAGUCCAAGAAAGCGGCAAAAGAAAACAAAGUGCAACUGGAGUUUCCUAAGAACAAGAAUGAUAGUGCUGCAGGUUGUAUUCCUAGGAAGAAAAGAUCGAAUAGAAAGCGGGCAGAGAAGGUUUCUGAAUCCUUAAUUCAAUUUAUACAAAGCUUAACACAAGAAGAGCCUGUAGCAUCAGACGUGAGUAGCAGUAUUACUAUCAGGUUGGAGAAUGAAGAGCAAGAAGAGGAAAAUAGACUGAAAAAGAAGAGAAAGGUUAGUUGCGAGAAGAUUGUUAAAAGGCAAGAACAAGAAUUUGAGUUAGAGGCGGAACCAGAGAUGCCAGAAAAAUUCAAAAGGAUUAUCAAAGAGAUGAAUGGUAUCAAAACUACGUUCGUUAUGCAAAAAAAAUUGACACAAACGGAUGUAGCCAAGGUAAAUAAUCGUUUAUCGAUUCCAAGGAAGCAAAUGAGGAACUGUGACUUUGUCGAUGAAGAGGAGAUGAAGAUUCUUGAUGAUAAGAAGGGAAUAAUGGUUCAUUUAGUUACACCAUCACCAUCUGCAGAUAUCGUGGAAUUGGAAUUGAAGAAGUGGAAAAUGAGUUCAACAUAUACUUAUAAUCUGAUUGGAGCCUGGUUUAAAAAUGUGGUGGAUAAGGAAGCCAAUCAAUUACAACCUGGGGGAUUGGUAAGACUUUGGUCCUUUCGACAAGAUUCAAAGCUAUGCUUCGUGUUGGAUAAUCAAGGAUGUUAA